AUGCAAAAUACAACGUUCUCCGGUAAAGCAUGUCAAAAUUGGGCUUCUAAAUCACCACAUUUUCAACAUGCACAUGAUUUCUACUUUCCUGGUGAGAGUCUAGCUGGUGUUGAAAACUACUGUCGAGAUCCGUGGGACAGCGGUUAUCUAUGGUGCUACACAAUGGAUCGUGAAAGUCGAAUGGAACCGUGUGUGCUCAAAGAUACAAAGGAAGAUGGUCUGGGAACUGUUUAUCAAAGAUACAAAGGAAUAUUGAAUCACACAUAUACUGGAAAGCCUUGUCAACUUUGGAACAAGUAUUUUACUGCACAUAAACAUAAUCGUUACUUAGAUGGGUACAUGAAAGGCAACGAUUGUCGUGAUCCUCUUGAUCAGGGAUUCUUAUGGUGCUACAUUUCUGGUGGAGGAUGGGAACCAUGCGAUGCUGAUGGAACUUCUUACGACCUUAAAGAUAGUUUAGAGUAUAGAGAAAGCAUGGUAUUGUCUUUAUGUAAUAAUGGCAAAAACAUUUCAAUAUUAAGAAAAUGCGAUGGUAGGUUUGACUGUUCGGAUUAUUCGGACGAAACGAGCUGCUGGAAAGACAUUGAUCGAAAUAGGUCCUGUUUGCCUGACCAGUACCAGUGUGAUGGUGGUGACUGCAUACAUAUUAGUCAGAUGUGUAAUUUUGUUCCGGAUUGUAUUGACCAAUCAGAUGAAAACUGUGGUUCAUGUAACACAGAGAAAGCGUUCCAUUGUGAUGUUGUAAGAUGUAUACCACUACGCUUACGUUGUGACAAGUACAUGGAUUGCGAAGAUGGAACCGAUGAGGAAAUGUGUAGUGAAAAACUGUUCAUGUCAUGUGAUCAGUGGUGGGAGGCAGGUUACAGAAAUACAGGGUCAUAUUUUGUUGCUGGAAUGGAGGUUAUCUGCGAUUUUGAUUUAGUUGUUAAAUCUGGUAAGAUGUACACAAUAGUUCAAAAUAGAGACAUCAUAAUGGAUUUUGAAUGCUGUGAUGACAUACUGCUGUAUUUACUCAGCAAUAUUGACGUAGGAAGAGAUGACUACAUAGUGUCAGCACUAGUGAAGAGACCUGAAUACUUUUGCAAACAAGAGAUUACGCAGACGUGUCUCUCGUCACAUGCUGCAGCUGCGAAAUUCGAUGAUCCCAAUUACAUUCAUAAUUACAAAUAUUGUGACUGUGUAGUAUUUGAAAUUCAUAUCAACCGUAACAUCCAAUUGGAAAAGCCGUGUGUUGGUCAUAACUUCAAAGAGUCAGAGGGAACAAGAUUGGUGUCACCUUCGAACCAAUCAAAACUUACUUUUUCAUAUGAGGAAACAUUUAUAUACAGAUAUAUGAGUUUUCUGGAUUCACAGAUCAAAUACCAACAGUACUUUCCAGGACCCAUCGUAUGUGAGCACGGAGAAUUCGAGUGCCCAAAAGACACAGUAAAGUGUUCAGGUAGCUACUGUUUACCAUUAAAGUUCCUUUGUGAUGGGAUAGCGCAAUGCCCCGGUGGCCAGGAUGAGGAAAACUGUGGUUGCACUGAGGAAGACUACGAGAUACUCAUCCUUUACGAUGCUGAUUACUUUGAAGACCGUUUCAAUAUCAAUAAGUUUGCUGACCAGUUCUAUAAAGAUACAGCAACCAUCCGAAUUCUUAGCUAUACAACCACCACAAAAAGAGUCCUAUGCCCAAAUGCUUACAAAUGUGCUUGGAGUAAGAAUUGCAUCCCGCUUUACCAAAGUUUACCUAACACAUUAACACUUGAUCUAAGUUACAAUGACAUACGUAUUCUGUCAGCAAAUGUUUUCGCUGACCUCAUCCAUCUCAGAAUUUUAAACCUAAAGGGAAAUUACAAACUUAACAAUAUUGAAGCAGGUGCAUUUAAUGGAAUAGGCCUAAUUCGGGAACUACAACUCGCGGAUGCCAAGCUAAAAACGGUUGCGGCCUAUUCCUUUGCUGGGCUUAAACUUGAUGUGAUAGAUUUGUCUAAUAACUCAAUCGAAGAAAUUGAAGCGUUUGCUUUUAGCGAUAUGUCCGUUGACACGAUAUAUUUUAACGGAAAUGAAAUACUGAACUUUAACAAGGACAUAUUUACUGGUGUUGCUUCAUUAAGGAGAUUAAAAACUCCCGCCUUUAAAUUUUGUUGUAUUCGGCCAAACUAUCUCAAUGAAGACCAGUGUUUCCCGUCAAAAGACGAAUUUUCUUCAUGUGAAGAUCUGAUGAGACUUUCGGCACUGCAGACCAUGCUCUGGUUAAUUGGAAUGGCAGCUCUCAUUGGCAACGCUCUCUCAAUAAUGUACAGACUUGUGUAUGACAGAAAGAGACUCAAGAUAGGAUAUGGAAUAUUUGUAACAAAUCUUGCUGUUGCAGACUUCUUUAUGGGAGUAUACCUCAUCAUUAUUGCAGUAGCUGAUGCCGCAUUUAGAAAACAGUAA